UUCCUUUGCAUAUAUUUUGUAAUAUAUUUUAGACAUGUAUUUGGUUUGUUUUCUUCAAUUGACAGUAUUAUACGCCCUACUUUCCAGUUUGUAUUUCACAAGUGUUCAAGGAGCUCCAGUUUUUAUCUCAGCCUACAAUUCGAUUGAAUCGCAAUUUAAAAGACAGGACAGCGCAAUCACACCGAAAUCAAUACACAUUGCUGUUUUUGUGGUGAUUGACCUGCUAGUUAUAGCAUCCAUAUUCAGCGCAUUUUACUGCGUUGCAAAAACGCGUAAGUAACCCUGUAAUAUCGUAUAAUGCUCUAUUAUCUGGACAAUCAAGUGUAUGUAUCAAUUCCCUUCAAAAUAAAUGGAUAAAUUGACGUUGCGCCUACACACAUCCUUGCAUUAGUAUACAAGAUACAUUAAAACAUUAUUAUGUGCAUGUCCACAACAAUGUGGGGCUAGUGCGAGCUGGGCUACGGAACCACCACUGGAUGGUUGUCACCGUUACCAUUUUUCUUUUAGUACACUUUUUAAAGUGCAGAUCCCAACUAGCGCUGCUUUUGUUAGUUUUGCUUUAAUUUUGCACUAAAUAUACAAUGAUGG